CGUUGCGGGAGACUCCAAACCGUUCGGUGAAGGGUUUUGUGGGUCAUGGAGGAAGAAGGUAAAUAGAAGAGAAGCGCUAAUAUCUCACGGCGGCUGCUUUAAGACGGUUACCGCGGGGUUUGACGACCUGGAUGCGGCUGCUUUCGGUCUGUUCUCGGUCGUAAAAGCAGGCGGAGAAGUCCCAGCGGAGAGGAGGGACUGUCGGCUCGGCUGGAGCAGCAGCUGACGGCGUUCUCAGGUGAUUGGGGUUUGCCUCGUCCUUGUGUUGCCAUGGCAAUGCGAGAGUUGGUGGAGGCAGAAUGUGGGGGAGCCAAUCCCCUUAUGAAGUUGACCAGUCACAUGACCAAGGAAGGGGGGGCAUGGCGGCACCGCUCAACUCCUACAAUUCCUCCCACUCCUAUUGAAAUUGCCACUGAGGAAGAGCUGGUCAAUGAGUUCCUUCAGGCUCCUCCACGACCCCCCCACACAUUUGACAUGGGCCAGCUGUUGGAGGAAAUGCAGCAGAUCGAUCAGCAGAGCUACAGACAGGCUCCACAGAGAGCUCCAGAUGUGGCAGCGUUGGCCCUCUCUGGUGACUGGGCGGCUGAGUUCGUGUCGGGGUCUGACUCUGCCGCUACACCGGGCCUCAUCGGUCUUGGUGAUACAGCAGAUGCUGAUUGGACGAGGGAGUUUAUAGCUGAGGCUGCAGAUCCUGGACGCUGGGCUGAGGAGUAUCUGGAGCAGUCAGAGGAGAAGUUGUGGCUGGGAGACCUGGGAGACAAGGAAAAUGAGUGGACUAAGGAGUAUCAGGCUGGAGAUGAGCUGAGGCAGACAGCCAAUGAGCUUGUUGCAAAGGUUGAUGACCCCAAGUUACAAAACACAGAGUUCCUGCGAUUCAUUAGGCAGAUUGGCGAGGGCAGUGUCACAGUGGAGAGCAGAACAGACAAACAGCUCACAGAUAAAGCUCAGGCUGCGGAGGCUCAGAACUGGGCCUCCAACCUCAACCAGUUCCUGAUGGAGACAGGGGGAGGGAGUCUUCCCCUGGAAACCCCAGAGUCGAAUGAGAAGAUUGAGAAAACUAAAGCUAAACAGGCACAGAAGUGGGCCAAAGUCGUCAGGCAGGUGUCGGAGGAGUCAGCCGAAGCCUGGGUGGACGAGUUCGCCACAUCAGGACCAGAGUUCCAACAAGCCAAAGCUGCAGUUGAGAGUGAUGUGGAUUUCUGGGAGAAGCUUCAGCAGGAGUGGGAGGAGAUGGCUAAAAGGGACGCAGAGAGCCAUCCCUGGCUGUCGGACUUCGAUCAGCUACUCAGCUCUUCUUAUGACAAGGGAUACCAGUUUGAAGAAGACAACCCCUAUUUAUCCCACCCAGACCCUUUAUCAGAGGGGUUGAAGAGGAUGGAGGCAGGGGACAUCCCUGGAGCUGUUCGGUUCUUUGAAAGUGCCGUACAGAGAGAACCAGACAACCAGCUGGCUUGGCAAUAUCUGGGAACCUGUCAGGCUGAGAAUGAGCAGGAAUUUGCAGCCAUCAGCGCCCUCCGCAGGUGCAUAGAGCUGAAGAAUGACAACCUGACUGCUCUGAUGGCAUUGGCUGUCAGUUUCACCAAUGAGUCUCUGCACAGGCAGGCCUGUGAGACCCUUCGUGACUGGCUAAAACACAAUCCAAAAUACCGCUCUGUGUGGGAGCAGAGUGAACAGGAUCGCCAAAAGAAUGGUGCCAGAGAAAGGGAGAAGGAGAAGGAAAGGUUCGGCUCACUGCUUCCUGAAUCAUUGUUUACAGACGUGCAGUCGCUGUUCCUGCAUGCAGCCAACUCAGAUCCCUCACAAGUGGAUCCACAGCUGCAGUGUGGUUUGGGAGUUCUCUUCAACCUCAGCGGAGAAUAUGACAAGGCAGUGGACUGUUUCACCGCUGCCCUCUCCGUCACGCCACAGGACUACCUGCUGUGGAAUAAGUUGGGUGCCACGCUUGCCAAUGGGAGCCGCUCAGAGGAGGCUGUGGCAGCCUACAGAAGAGCACUGGAAUUACAACCAGGGUUUGUCCGAAGCCGUUACAAUUUGGGAAUCAGCUGCGUCAACUUAGGAGCACAUAGAGAGGCAGUGGAGCACUUCCUUGAAGCUCUGUCUCUACAGCGCCAAGCCGCUGGAGAUGGAGCAAGAGCAGCGAAGGGACCUGGAAGUGCUGCAGCCACAGUGAUGUCUGACAACAUCUGGUCCACCCUGCGCAUGGCUCUGAGCAUGAUGGGAGAGAGCUCUCUGUACGCUGCUGCUGACAGGCGGGACUUAGACACAUUGCUGGCUCACUUUUGCCAGAGAGAAGUGGAAGGUGGGCCUGAAUGAGGACCAGCUAGGGGAGGGCCUAUUGAGUGUGAAUGUGUUUUCCUUGGAGGUAAAUGUUUGGGUGAUUGAAUGAGGUGGAAAGGAGAGUGAGCAAAUAGAAGAACAUGGUAACAGGAAGCAGUGAGAGAGAAAUCAUGGAGGGACACACUGUGAAUCAUCUGCCAUCUUACAGACAUCAUCAUGUCCUCCAAUACGUGUAUGAGACUUCUGUUGAGCGUUACAGUAUUAGUCUCUCCCCUUGAGGUCAUGUUGGUCAUGAUUAACAUUUCAUGUCCUUUAAAUUUGAAAUGUUUUCUCAAUGAAGAAAGUAAAUGAAAUUCUACAUUCAGUAAACGGCAAUGCUGACAGAUUAGUUUGAUAUGACACCCUUUGCUAACAGCAGGUUAUAAGUUGAACUGUAAACUUUCUACGGUUAUGUAGAUUUAAGGUACAAUAUUGAUGUAACAUUAAAAAGAGUACAGUUUUUCUUAAAGGAGCUUUCAGCAUAUGACGAUUAGCUCAGUCCAGAGUACAAACACUAGUCAGACGUGCUACAGCAUCAGCCUGAUGUUUAUUUUAUGUUAUUUAAUUUUUUGUAAUCAUUUUUCUGACCGGAUGAAGUGACAACCAGCAGGACUGUUACUGUUAUGAUGAGGUGUGUGUGGGUGUGUGCACACGUGUGUACAGUAUGUGUGUGUGUGUGUGUGUGUGUGUGUGGGGGGGGGGGGGUGGUCAGGGGGCAUUGAUUAAUCAUGCAUUGGAUGAUGGAAGAUCAUAUCAUUGUAAUAUCAUUAAAAUUACUUCUCUGGGCUUCUCCCUCUCUUGCUCUUUUUCAUAUUGCUCUUGUAAAACCUUUUGUUUCAUUGUAAAAUAAUGCUAUAUAUGCCAUAAUGUGUAUUGUAACAUAAUUGUUGCACUAUAAUUGUUGUCAGGCUAGUUAUAUCCUGACUGCAAUGUUUAAUAGAAUAAUCAGCAAUAAAGCUUUGAUCCCAAACA